AUGCUUCAUAAUCUUUCUUUAUCAUCGAAUGCAUCAAUGAUUCGUUACGCGUUAGCAUAUAAGAACUUCAAUCCUAACGAAACAUAUCCAGAAGAAGAAAAUGUGGAAUCAAGUUUUGAAUUAACAAAAAGUAUUGGAAAUAUAAAAUUGAAUCAUAUAAGAAACAAGAUGAAAAGCGAAAGAGAUACUAAAAACAAUGUUUCAAUGGAUGACUAUCAAUACUAUCACGAUUUAAUCCUUUCAUCUAAAUGCAAAAUGUGUGGUAAAGCGUUUACAUAUGCAAAUAAACCAACAUUGGAUAGAAUCGAUAAUGAAAAACCACAUACCAAAGAAAAUUGUCAGUUAAUGUGUUGUUAUUGCAAUGUCGUAAAAUCAAAUAAAGAUGAAGAUGUUCAACGUUUAAGAAUCAAUUUAAGAAAUUAUGCAUUAAAAAAUAAUUUACCAAUGACUUUAGAUUCAGUUGAAGCUUAUCACAUUCUCCGUAAUGGAAUUACUGGUGGUCUAUCAAAUGUUCAACAUCGUGUUAAUCUUAAAGGAAUCACGCACAUUAAUAAACUUUCAUAUAAUCCAGAAACUAAAACUGUAUCAAAUGAGGACACCACCAACAUUAUGACUCAUUUCGUUGGAGUUGACUUUAAUUCAUUAUAUCCUUCAUCAUUUUCAUCUAAUCCUCAUGAUUUCAUUCAAUAUACUGACCAUAAAAUGUAUAUGCCGGGAAGAUUGAAUGGUGUUAUCAUUUGUGAUACAGCAACAAAGAAAGCAAAAGCACUGGGAAUAAUUAAGAAGAAAAAUACUUUAUUCGUGGCUGAAGUAAAGGGUCACAUUGAUGAAAAAUACAUUAAUGAUUACAUAAACUUUUUACCGAUAAUAAGAAACUUAGAUAUUAUCACAGAUGAAAAAACAAUUGGCAGUUUUAUGUAUAAUUACAUGAAAUCAAACAAUCUACCAGUUGACCAGAAACAGAGAAAAUUAACUCAGUUAGCAUCAACACACAACCAAUAUCAACCAUUUUCUUCUUAUUAUCUUUGGUAUCUAAUAGACAGAUUUCAUUUUAUCAUUGAUGAUAUUCAAUCAAUUUUAACAUUUACUAAAAACACUUGUUUUAAUGAAUUUGCGAACGAAUUUAUGAACGAAAGACAAAAGGCUGAAUUAGAAGGAAAUAAAGGAAAAA